CACGUAGCCAGCGAUCCCAACUCCAAAGGGGAUCUUGAUCUCUUCGUUCUUGGCCCUCUGGACAGCUUCCUCCAGUUCAGUGUCUUGCGUCACGUCGAACAAUUUUGCAACCAGAUAUCUAUCCUCGAGAGGUCCCUUGGCCAGGAAAAGGCUUCCACGAUCGGCAUGCGUGAGCAGGCCGACGUUCACCAGGAUCUUAUGGCAAAGAACGUUGAUGUCCAGCUCGUUGGCCACGUCCCUGAUCAACUCCAUGAACAAGUCACUUUCGUCCAACCUGUUGAGCUCUUCCCUUCGUCCCACCAACGAGCUCCAAACUUAAAACGAAUGAUAGAAGAUAAUUUACCUGCUGGGACUUUUGUUGCGUUUCGCCGGCGAACUGGAGGCCAGCCAACUCUGGAACAGGUCAGAGGUGACGCUGUUCCGUUUGCUUCGGCUCAGAAGGCUCUCCUCUUGGUGUACGUUCCUCGACGUUGACUUGGCUUGGGCCACAGCCGUGCCUUGAAUUCGUUGACGAAGCUCGAGGCUCGCGUUCUCGCGGAACCAGGCCUCCGCCGCGUCCGGAUGCGCUUCGAGGUAUCUUUAUCGAGAAAUAUCGUCGCUCGAUUACCGAUCAUCGUGUGCCAGUUCGAGAUACAAUGUAAUAGUAGCCUCGUUGGUCAACUUCUCGAGAGAAAUUACAGUCAUCUCAUUGAAAAUUGCAGGAGCGUUUUGGAAACGAAAAAGAACAUCAGAUGGGAAGCGUGUGCAAGUAUAAUUUGUUUGGAGUUGAAUCUUUCCUUUUUCUGUUAAAGUGAUAAUUUCAUUUAUAGUUCC